AUGGUGUUGAGGAAAGAAUUCUGGUUGAUGAAGCUUCUGAAGAGGCAGACGACGCCGGAUAUGGAACAGAAUCUCACCGUCUCUUCCCGGAAGAAGGCCGGCCGAGAAAUGUUGACUCUCCUCGCCACCUUCGUUAGACAAAAUGGCAUGAGCAAAGGGUAUGAGGUUUAUCAGUUUGUUGAGUAUCAUAAUCACUUAAUGGUUGCGGAUGAGCAUAAGCAUUUUAUGACGGCCAAUCGCAGUCUGGAUCCUAUCCAUCGGAGGUUUAUGGAGGAUUGUGGCAGGUGUAAUAUUGGUCCCACACUCACAUUCAAACUUCUGAAGGAGAUAAUGGGUGGACCUGAAAAUGAAUCAUCUGAUGCCUUCUAUUAUGAAAUUGAGAUAGGAUCUCAUGGAAAUUUAACUAAACUCUUCUGGGCUGAUGCUAUUUCAAGACGAAAUUAUCAUAUGUUUGGAGAUGUAAUUUCAUUUGACUCAACAUACAACACUAACAGGUAUUGCAUGAGUUUUGCUCCAUUCACUGGAAAAUAUAACCAUUCCAGAGCAGUUACAUUUGGAGCUGGAUUGUUAUCAAGUGAAGAGCCUGAUGAGUUUGAUAUAAUAUGGAAUGAUAUGAUGGAACGGUAUGGAUUAGAAGAUGUGCACUGGACUACAUCGAUGUCUGAAUCAGAGAAUUGCUUUUUAAAAAACUACACAAAGCCUCGUGCAAAUCUUGUACAGUUCAUCAAUUUCUUUAACUAUGCUGUGGGAGAUCAAAGGAAUGCCAAUUCACGAUUGAACUACUUGGAUUACUCAACUAUUCCUUAUAUGUCAACCCAAUUGCCUAUUGAGAAGCAUGCAUCUACAAUCUACACUGAUUCUAUUUUCAAACAUGUACAACAGGAAAUAAGUAUGGUAUGUGAGAUUGUUUCGAUAACUGUUGAGGAUAACAUCAAGAUGCAUAUGGUCAAGGACCAAUAUGGUAGAACAUGGGAUGUUAAGUAUGAUUGUAAGCAAGACACAUUCGACUGUAGUUGUAAGAAGUUUUCUGGAAUUGAUUUGGAUGAAAAGCAGGAAGUUAAGAAAAAGUUAUUCUCCAACUUUUAUCAAUUAGUCCAAAAGUCUGAGGGAAGUAUGGAUCAUCUGUCUUUAUUAUGUGCUGGUCUUGAUGAUUUGGAAGAGCAUAUAUUUGGAAAUUGUGCAAUACCUUCAGUUAUUGAAAAGAAAAAGAUGGUUGAGGAAUUUUAUGGAAUGGCAGUACCUGAUGUAAUUGAUGUACAUCCUCCAGAUGUUGUUAGAACCAAAGGAUCAACUAGUGACAAAGUAUCAAAGAGGGAGAGUGCAAUAAGGAAAGCAAAUAAGCCUCUACGACGGUGUGGUAAAUGUCAUAAGAUGGGUCGUCAUGAUUCAAGAAAUUGUGGUAGAUUCAAUGAGAAGGCAGAUUGA